AUGGUCUAUAUGGUCCACGUUACUUUCUCAAUAAAUUCGAUUUGUCACACAUGGGGAACGCAAGUAUGGGAUACCGGUGAUUCAUCCAGAAACAAUUGGUUGUUUGGUUUGCUAGCACAUGGAGAAGGUUGGCAUAACAAUCACCAUGCAUUUGACUACUCAGCUCGGCAAGGUCUUGAAUGGUGGCAAAUUGAUACUACUUGGUAUUUGAUACGAUUUCUUCAAGCUCUUGGUUUGGCCACAGAGGUCAAACUUCCAACUGAGGCUCACAAGAAACGAAAAGCUUUGUACAACAAAGUCAUCAACAAGAAGGAAAAGCUUGGAACCGUUGGCAACAAUGGAAAACUCCAAGCAGUGAAAUAA